AGGCACGAGCAAUGCCAUUUGCAUUCGUCACAGACCUCCGACAUGCUGCUGUGGAUCUGUGCUUUCGGGCGGUUUUUUGAAAUUUGUGAGGUUGGAAUAUAAUAUGAAAGUAAAAUUUUGAGAAGCAAUGGCUCUAUUCGAAGAAAACGCUGAAAUUAGACCUAUAAACGUGGAAACCGUUCACAAAAUAUGUUCCGGACAGGUGGUGCUGAGCCUCGCGAUAGCGAUGAAAGAGCUAGUAGAAAAUUCCGUCGACGCAGAGGCAUCUAUAAUAGACAUACAUUUGAAAAAUUACGGUUCGGAAGUACUGGAAGUGCUAGAUAACGGGGUAGGAAUUCAUAGAGACAACCUUGAACUUCUCACAAAAAAACACUACACUUCUAAGCUGCGAAAAUUUAGCGAUUUGGAAAAUAUCGGUACUCUGGGCUUUCGGGGAGAAGCCAUGAGUUCGCUCUGCGCUUUAUCCGAUGUCACCGUCACAUCAAAACAUGCCUCCACUGAGCUGGGGACUCGAGUUCAGUAUGACCGUAAUGGCAUUAUUAUACAACAGGAAUCUACUGCCAGACAGCAAGGAACAACUGUUAGCAUAAAGAACUUGUUCUCUUCGUUGCCCGUGAGACGGAAAGAGUUUUUAAAAAAUUUAAAAAAGGAAUUUACUAAGAUGUGUACAUUGUUAUAUGCCUAUUGCCUGAUUCCAAACGGUAUAAAAUUUACUUGUACAAAUGUGACAGAGAACGGUACUAAAAGUACAAUCGUGGCAACAGAAGGUAACAAAACAGUUAGGGAGAACAUAAUCAGUGUUUUCGGGGUGAAGCAGUUGUCUUCUCUGAUCGAUGUCGAGUUAGUCGUACCGGAGGAACCAAUUUUAAAAGAGUACGCGCUCGUUUUAGCUCCUGGCGAGAAAUUGCCCUUUGAUUUCCAGUUUUUGGUAUCCAGCGUUAUGCACGGCAGUGGCCGUAGCUCGGCGGAUCGUCAAUUUUAUUAUAUAAAUUCGAGACCAUGCGAACCCUCCAAAUUAAUGAAACUAGUUAACGAAAUCUAUAGGCAAUUCAACAACAAACAGUAUCCUUUCGUGUAUUUGAACGUCACGACCAAAACUGCACUGGUCGAUGUCAAUAUAACGCCAGACAAGAGGCAAGUAUUCAUCGAGAAAGAAAAGUUACUUCUGGCUGUGGUGAAAGCUUCCCUUGUCGAAGGGUUCAAGCAUUUUCCGUCGACGUACGUCAUGCAGAACCUGGAUGCGGUCGGCUCGAAACGUGGUAUAAAGCGCAACAUGACCGACGGUCAAUUAAAGGUGGUCAGUAUAUUGGACAAGUUCAAGAAGAAAAGCAAAUCUGAAGAGGCAGGUGGGAGUACGGGACGUGAAAACGAUUUUGAAAGUGACCUCGUGGAACAGGUGGAUAAAAGUUUAGACUCUUUCGUCAAUAUUGCCUGCAAAUUGACCAAGGAAGAUUGCACAGAAAACUUGGUUAGUUUGACUUCCGAGAAGAACGUUGAAGUUACCUUAGACAGUCCUUCGCAGUACGUUAAGAAUAGAAAGGAGGUUCCUUUGAAACUGAACAUGGAUUUCUUCAAAAAAAGGUUUAAAAAUGGUUCCGGCGCGCCUGCAGAACAGGAGGUCAAAGUGAAGUUCCGACUUGGUAUUGAUCCGGGAAACAACAAGGGCGCCGAAGACGAAUUGAACAGGCACAUAACCAAAAACGAUUUCAAAAACAUGGAAGUGAUCGGCCAAUUUAAUAUGGGUUUUAUCGUUACGAAACUAAACGAUGACCUUUUCAUAGUCGACCAACACGCCACCGAUGAAAAGUAUAAUUUCGAACUGUUGCAGGCGAACAAAACAAUGAAAAGUCAAAUUAUGGUCAAGCCCAAGUUGUUGGAACUGACGGCGGCCAGCAAGACCACUUUAAUUGAACGCGAAGAUGUGUUCAAGAAGAACGGAUUCACGUUUAGCAUCGAAACCGACAGCGAAGAGAAGAACGUUUACUUGACUUCCGUGCCGAUAAGCGACAAGUUUGUUUUUGGCAAGAGCGACAUCGACGAAAUGAUUUUCAUGAUGCAGGUAGUUCAGUUGCGCCCGGUGUGCCGUGUUCAGCCUUUUUAUUUUCAGGAAGAUUCUAGUCGUUCGAUGUACCGACCAAUGAGAGUAAGGGCCUUAUUUGCUUCAAAGGCGUGCAGGAAGUCGGUGAUGAUCGGUCAGAUACUAUCCAAGUCGGACAUGCGCAAGCUGGUCGAUCACAUGGGUGAAAUAAAUCAACCAUGGAAUUGCCCGCACGGUAGGCCCACGAUGAGACACCUGGUCAACUUGAAACUGUUGUUGUAAGAGAAACAAAUUUGGUAUGUCACUUUUUAUUUCGUCAAUAAUUUUUAUACAGGAC